CUUAGUAAACAAAUUAAUGAUAAGAAUAAUAAAAAUAUUAACGAUGAGAGAUGAGAGAUAGCAAAAUCGACAGAUGUUUGUCAGAGAAUUAACGAAUUAAAUUUUAAUUUACUCACACCAAAUAUUUAGUUAAUCCAUCGUUGAUCCCACUCGAUACAACUUUGAAUACUUUCAUCCGUGAUCAUGCAUUCUUAAAGGGCACGAAGUUUAUGUGCUUGGAAGGUGGAUGUGGAGCUUGUGUGGUGACUUUGAAGGGAGUCCAUCCAGUGACGAAAGAGAAGACAACAUGGGCUGUCAAUUCUUGUUUGCAAAACAUUUACUCGUGUCAUGGACUUGACAUCAUCACGGUCGAAGGAAUCGGGAGCAAGAAGAAUGGAAUGCAUCAGGUGCAGAAACGAUUGGCAAACUUCAAUGGAACUCAAUGUGGUUAUUGCAGUCCGGGAAUGGUCAUGAACAUGUACUCGUUGUUGGAAUCAAAGAACGGCAAAGUGACGAUGGAAGAAGUCGAGAAUUCGUUUGGUGGAAACAUCUGUCGAUGCACUGGUUAUCGACCAAUCUUGGAUGCAUUCAAGUCACUCGCUUCGGAUGCAGAUGAGACUUUGUUGAACUUAUGCAAAGACAUUGAAGAUUUGGAUGGAACGAAGACUUGUCCAAAGACUGGAACUCCUUGCAUUGGCAGUUGCAGUGCAAUUGGAAAAGUCGAUCCGAAACAUUCAUUGAAGUUGACAUUCGAAGAUGAUCGCGAGUGGCACAAAAUUUACAAUUUGACUGAAUUGUUCAAAGUCAUGGGAACAAUCGGCUAUCGUCCUUAUCAACUUGUCGCUGGAAACCCCGCACAUGGCGUUUAUCGUCGAUCUGCUGACCUCAAAGUUUUCAUUGACAUUUCGAGUGUUGAAGAGUUGCGAGGAUUCAAAGUCAACGACAACACUUUGGAAAUUGGUGGAAAUGUGACGUUGACAGAAGCGAUGGAAAUAUUCACGAAAGUGGCCAACGAGAAAAAAGGUUUCGAAUCCCUGAAGGAGUUCGUCACACACAUCGACUUGAUUGCCAACGUCCCAGUUCGUAACAAUGGAACAAUUGCUGGAAAUUUGGCUUUGAAAUAUGCAAAUUUGUCGUUUCCUUCCGACGUUUUCGUUGUACUUGAAGCUGUUGGUGCAAAAAUUGUUCUUUUUUCGGGAGCUCAAAAGCAAGAUGAACACAAUCCUUUGGCACCUUCAGACUUCUUAAACGUCAGCAUGCGACGAAAAGUUAUCGGAAAAAUUAUUUUCCCAUCUUUGUCUUCGUCAUUUGUCUUCCGAUCAUACAAAAUCAUGCCACGAGCUCAAAAUGCUCAUUCCUAUGUCAACGCAGCUUUCCUUCUUCAAUUCAACGAGGAAAAAACUUUUAUUAAGUCAGCUUCAAUUUGUUUUGGUGGAAUCGACGAUUUUUUUGAUCAUGCUGAAAAGUUGGAAAAGUUUUUGAUUGGCAAAGACAUUUAUUUAAACGAAGUUCUUCAAAAUGCUUGUGAAGUUCUUGAAAAGGAAAUCAAACCCGACUCGGACCCUUCGAUUUCGUCUCCAGAAUUUCGAAAGCAUUUGGCAAUUUCACUUUUCUAUAAAUUUGUGUUGAACACUUCGCCAUCGGAUAAAGUGAAAUCUGAAUUCAAGUUGGGUGGUGAAACAUUAAAACGAGAAAUUUCUUCAGGUCAACAACAAAUCGAUGUGAAUGAAGGAAAAUCGAAACUUUACAAAAGAAUUCCAAAAGUUGAAGCUGACAUUCAAUGCACUGGCGAAGCUCAAUAUGUCAACGACAUUCCCAAAUUCGAGAAUGAAUUACACGCUGCGUUUGUUUUGGGUGACAAAGUCAAUGGUCGGAUAAAAUCCAUCGAUGCUUCCGAAGCUUUAAACAUUUCAGGUGUCGUCGCAUUUUAUGCAGCCAAAGACAUUCCAGGAUUAAAUAAUUUCAUGCCACUGCGAUUCAAAAUGUUCAACCUGAAAAUCGAAGAAGUUUUCUGCAGGGAUAAACUUUUAUAUCACGGACAACCAGUUGGAAUCGUUCUUGCAGAGACCUUCGAUUUGGCAUACAAAGCAAGAAAGUUCAUCAAAAUUGAUUACAGCUUUGAUCAUGACGACGAGCCAAUUUAUCCAACGAUUCGAGAAGUUAUGAAAGCAAAAGCCGAUGAUCGACUUUUCGACGUGCCUGAAUAUUAUUUGAAAGCAAGUGAAUAUGGAAAUGACAAACAACAUAAGAUUUCUGGUCAUUUUGAGAUUCCAUCAACGCAAUAUCAUUACUCGAUGGAGACACAACAGUGCUUGGUUGUUCCAAGUGAAGAUGAUUGUUUGGAUGUUUAUUCAUCAGCACAAUGGAGCGACACAAAUCAAAUUUCAAUUGCUGAAGUGUUGAACAUUCCUGUUAGUAAUGUGAAUACUUAUGUGAGACGGCUUGGCGGUGCUUUCGGUGGAAAGAUUAGCAGACAAGGGCAGAUUGCUUGUGCAGCAGCUCUAGGAAGUUAUUUAACUAAGAAACCUGUUCGAUUGAUUAUGUCAAUGGAAGAUAAUAUGAGAGCAAUUGGCAAACGCUUUUCAUCAAUGUCAGAUUAUGUUGCUGAAGUUGAUAAUCUGGGAAAAAUACAAACAUUGAAGCAUCAUUACAUUCAUGAUCAAGGAUGUUCGCCAAAUGAAGUUGUUCAAUUCAAUACUUCAGUUUACAUUGGAAAUUGUUACAAUAUCAAGAGUUGGGAUGUGACAACUCAAAGUGCUUUAACUCAUUCAGCAUCAAAUACAUGGAUGAGAGCUCCUGGCACGACUGAUGCGAUUGCAAUGACUGAACAUGUCAUGGAACACAUCGCAAGAGUUGUUGGACGUGAUCCAAUCGAUGUUAGAAUGGAAAAUCUUGAAGAUGGCAGUGAAUUCAAAACAAUGAUUCCGACAUUCAUUAAUGACGUUAAAUACCGUGAGAGAAAAGCUGCAAUUGACAAAUUUAAUUUGAAGAAUCGUUGGGUGAAACGUGGAAUUGCUGUGUCGCCAAUGAAAUAUUUCAUUGCGUAUUUUGGAUCGAUGCAUGGAAUUGUUUCGAUUUAUCAUGGAGAUGGCUCAGUUGCUUUAUCAACUGGUGGUGUUGAGAUGGGACAAGGAUUAAAUACAAAAGUAAUGCAAGUCGCGUCUCAUGUUUUGGGAAUUCCUUUCGAGAAAAUUUCUAUAAAACCAUCAAAUAGUUUGAACAAUGCUAAUGACAUUGGAUCAGUUGCCAGUGUUACAAGCGAAGUUGCGUGUUACAUUGUCAAGAAAUGUUGUGAGAUUUUAAUGGAAAGAAUGAAACCUUUUAAAGAUGAAAAUCCUGAAGCGUCAUGGGAAGAAAUUGUUGAAAACGCUUUCUUGAAGAACACCGACUUGUCAGCUACUUAUAUGUACAAACAAGAAGAAAUGGAAACUUAUUACGUUUACGGCUUGAGUUGCGCUGAAGUUGAAGUUGAUCUUUUAACUGGAAACAUUCUUUUGAAGCGAGUUGACAUCCUUGAAGACACAGGAGAAAGUAUGAGUCCAGGCAUUGACAUUGGACAAAUUGAAGGCGGCUUUGUGAUGGGAUUGGGCAUUUGGCUGACUGAGAAUUUAAUUUACGAUCCGAAAACUGCUGAAUUAUUGACAGAUCGCUCAUGGAAUUACAAACCACCAGGUGCUAAAGACAUUCCCAUUGAUUUCCGCAUAAAACUUGUGCAAAAGAAACCAAAUCCAUGUUUUGUCCUAAGAUCGAAAGCUGUUGGUGAACCUCCCGUUACAAUGGGUGUUGUUGUUAGUUUUGCAAUAAGGCAUGCAAUUGAUUCUGCAAGAAAAGACAAUGGUUGUGAGGAUUUAUGGUACGUUCUGAGUCCACCAAUUUCGCCAGAGAAAAUUAUUCUAGCUGCUGGACUGAAUAUUAAGGAUUUCAAAUUGAAUUAACAAUAAUCAUGUAUGAAUUAAACUUUUAAUCACAAUAAAUAAACUUACAAAAGGUGAUUGGGAAGAAAUCAAGAACA